AUUACCGACCUUCAGUCCCUCGAAACACUACCAACGGCACUCAUACUAGGCUACUUCAUUCCAACCCUGGUCAUGGUUGUCCCCGUUCCGUCCAAUACCCUCCAUCAAUGGCUGGGCGGUCUCUAGCAGGGAUUUCCCGUGUGGGUUGCAUUCAUCCAGCUAGCCAGCCGUAAGAUGCGCCAGCUUCGCGGGGAGACAUCGCCGCUCGACGACCGAAUGGAGAAUCGCUCCUUCCUACGUCGCGCAUACUUGUUCGCGUUUGCCUCAACCAGCAUCUCGCACGUGGCAACUUUCGCAACAAUAGCUGCUCGGAACCUCUUUCCCCCGCUAUUUUCCCCCCUGGCACAGGAAACCUUGACCCUUAACCAGGUUUUUCUACCUCCCUACUUUCGCGCUCCUGGACCGAUGGAAUCGAUGGCUGUUGGCAUUCACAACUUCUUCCAGUAUGACCAAUACGUGGGGUCAACUGCGGCGCUGGUAUGGGCUGCUGCCACGAGGGCGAACUCGAGAAAGUCUGCAAUGACGUUCAAGGAUUGGGCGUGCUUAGUCGGUGAACUAGUUGGCGUGGGUCUGAUCGCUGGGCCGGCGGGCGCUUUGGUCUCAUUGAUGUGGAAUAGAGAUGAUUGCGUGCUUUCAGACGAUGAUUUGUAUGGCGAGAAGUAGCUAAUAGCGUUAGCUAAAAGGAGUUAGGUCUCCUCGGAAAGGCCGUUCCAUGGCUUUCACCUUGGUCGGAUUAACCUUCCAAAGCUCUUUCAUAUGCUCCUGCUGCAACUUCCCCCCGGCCGCUGAGCUAAGCUUAUCAAACAGGCUGUAUGGGCCAUCUAGAGGUUGAGACAGUAGAGAUUGCCAUACGGAUCCUCUACCCCAGCCUGUUGCGAAGACCAGUUCAAUAAUAGGCUUUCGAAGUUCAGCAAGCGGGAGUCUGUGGAGAUUCUGGGGUGGACGAGGGUUAGAUGUAGCUAGGAUAGAAUGUUUUGCGGAGUUGUUUGAUAUUGUAUAAGGACGAAG